GUUUCAGUAAUAGUUAGAAUGUCGAGCUACAAAGUUCCAGCCGCGGAGGUGUCUGCGCUUUCACCCCAAGGCUUUAAAGUCUCCAUACCAGAUGAGAAGGGAAUAACACUUUUCGCUUUCCACGGAAAACUCAACAAGCCAAUGGUUGAUCUGAGAGAUCAAACCUGGGCCACGGACAUUAUCCUUCCAACACAUGGUCGAUGGGUUUAUGAAAAUAGCGAAGUUUUGUUGAAAGUCGGAGACAUUCUAUACUAUUGGCUAACUGUGCGUUAUAAUGGGUUGGAUUAUCAUGCAAUGCACCAAAUCAGCCGGUUCGAUGCUCCAAGUUCAGCGCAGUGAAAUGAAGGCUACAUAAUCUUAAAACAGAAAAUUGUGAUUUUUCAGAAAAUCCUGAAAAUAAAUGUACUUGGAAAAA